AUGUCUUUUAAGAAACAUUACCGUUAUUUUCAUAUUCACUGGAUGUUGAAGCAAGUUGAAGCUGGUGAGCGUACACAAGAUUUAAAGAUGAGUAUUUUACAAGCAAUUCAAUAUAUUAUUCAAGAUUUUCCUUUGGAUGAUCACGAAGUGUCUGAUGAGCUUGCCAAUGCUCUUAAAACUCUUAAUUUUUCUGAUAUGAUGGAAUUGAAAGAGUUUUUCAAUAUUCCUGAAGAGAAUAUGAAAAAUAUUAAUGAUGAUUUAGAUGAAAUUAAUAAUAAUAUCAAAGAAGAAGUUAUUAAUUUUAGUGUUGCAUUAAAAAACUUGAAAAAAGUGAAUAUAUUUUUACUUCAGCAAGAAUAUGUAUAUGACAUUUAA